AUGUGUCAAUGGAGGUGUUUCUGCAGCAGCCCGCAGAAUACGUUACAGACCAGAGGCUUCUUCGAGAAAUUCUCAAUUCCACCAGGGUAUCAGCUUUUUGAAGAUGCACGCAUGCUUGCAGAGAAAGGUGUGUUUUCUCUCAAGCAAUGGAAGGAAUUUGGACAGAAAAAUACGGUUCCCCUUCGUACAAAAGGCAGACUCGAUGCAGCUCUUCAGCAGGCGGAGGAUGCAGAGAAAGAAAGGUGGGAAAACGAAAAACCUCCCAGACAACCAUUACCGGAGGGAUUCUACGAGUCCGUGUUUAACGCAACGUGGAGUCACGUCAUGGGAUUUCCCGAGGACGAAGGGGAAGACGUGGUGGUGAGAGAGGGUCAACGGCCACAAGAGUUAUUAUGGGAGUACACGCAGACUGUGCGUACUUUUUUCUCAGUGGGUGGUGAUGAGCAAUUCCGUCCACCACGCCCACGACUCAUGAUCCUUUCCUCUGAAAAGCGAUGGCCGUACUCGUUGAACCAUUCAGUACGUAUUACCGACUGCUACAUUAACAUUGAGGUGCAUCGGGUGUGGAAGAUCGUCGAGGGCGAUCUAAAAGGAGUGUUUCCCCCCUCACGUCUAAACGCACCAUACAUGAGACGCCGUCUUUUGAUUGGAACCCCCGGGAUAGGGAAGUCAAUGGCGGCUGACUCCUACCUCCUUUAUCAGCUGCUGCAACACGGCGCCACAGAGCUCCAUGUGGUUGUGUACUGCUUUGGAAGGAAUUUCGCAUACUUGUUUGACAAUACGGCACGAACGGUGACAAUAUACGAGGGUGGGUGUAAUAUUGGAAGGGUUAUGGUAAAUUUGGCUAGGAGUGGAAUGAAGGGGUAUAUCAUCGUCGAUAUGGCAAUACAUUUUCGAGAACCAUCGAAUGAUGUUGUGCUCUCCCAUGAGUGGGGCGCCAUUAUGUUGUCGUCCCCGCACGAAGAUAACUUCAAAGCAUGGACGGAGCAGGCGGGUACUAUCAAAAUCAUCAUGAAUUGCCCCGAUGAAAACGACGUGAAGGCGAUGUGUGCGUGGGAGAUGCGCAAUACGACUGAAGAGGAGCAGGCGGAGUAUUGGAGAAGGAUGCACAUGCACACGCAUGACGUCGGACCGAUUCCACGAUGCAUCUUUCAAUUCAAUGAAUAUGAGGACCGCGUGGAGGAAAUCAAGGACAUCCUGGCAGGUAUCGACGCUUCAAAUGCUGUACAUUAUGGGAUGGUUGGAGGUGUGGAAGAGUGGCCCUCGAAUGACGCACCUCACAAACUUGUGAAAGUUGUCAGAUUAGUAACACAAGGCGAUGUUGAGGAGUUUGUUAACCUGCCGGCCUGUUUUUCCAUUGAAAACAAAUUAAUUUGA